CACACACGCACGGUGUGGAUGGGUGUUGUACUUGCUGCUGUGCCACACGGAACUGCUGAUGGUUUCCAAAGUCCCACCACCACCAUGCCCAUCCCUCCUUUAGCCUGAAGCCUGAGAUAUGGACUGUACGUUUGGAUUCGGGAUGCAUUUUGCUCACAGCCGCUUCGCUUCCUGAAAUGUCACCCGGUGUUGAGGGAAAGCUAAGAGAAUGAAGGCUCUAAGUCCCCAGUGGAAGCAUGAUAUGGCGAUGCAGUGCUGGUGCUGAAUUGUUCUCUCUGAUGGCUCUAUGGGAGUGGAUAGCACUGAGUCUUCAUUGCUGGGUUUUAGCAGUUGCUGCUGUUUCGGAUCAGCAUGCCACAAGCCCCUUCGACUGGCUCCUCUCUGAUAAGGGACCCUUCCAUCGUUCACAGGAAUACACAGAUUUUGUGGACAGAAGUCGACAGGGAUUUAGCACAAGAUACAAGAUUUACAGAGAGUUUGGCCGCUGGAAAGUAAACAAUCUUGCUGUUGAAAGACGCAAUUUUCUUGGCUCCCCACUGCCACUUGCCCCUGAGUUCUUCCGUAACAUAAGGCUACUAGGACGUCGCCCAACGCUUCAGCAGAUCACAGAGAACCUGAUCAAGAAAUAUGGGACACAUUUCCUACUCUCAGCUACCUUGGGAGGAGAGGAGUCGCUCACAAUUUUUGUGGACAAAAGGAAGCUGAGCAAGAGGUCAGAUGGAAGUGAUCCCAGCACCAACAGCUCUGUGGUGACUCUGGAGACCUUGCACCAGCUCGCAGCCUCCUACUUCAUUGACAGGGACAGCACACUGCGCAGACUCCAUCACAUCCAGAUAGCUUCCACUGCCAUAAAGGUAACAGAAACGCGGACUGGUCCUCUUGGCUGCAGUAACUAUGACAACCUAGAUUCUGUCAGUUCUGUUCUGGUUCAGAGUCCUGAAAAUAAGAUUCAGUUGCAAGGUCUUCAGGUCAUCCUGCCUGAGUACCUGCAAGAACAUUUUGUCCAGGCAGCUCUGAGCUAUAUUGCCUGCAAUUCAGAGGGAGAGUUCAUCUGCAAGGACAAUGAUUGCUGGUGUCAGUGUGGUCCCAAAUUCCCCCAGUGCAAUUGUCCCUACAUGGACAUUCAAGCCAUGGAAGAGAACCUGGUCCGCAUAAGUGAAACUUGGAAUGCAUAUAACAGUGAAUUUGAAGAAUCUGAUGAAUUCAAAUUAUUUAUGAAAAGGCUGCCCAUGAAUUAUUUUCUGAACACAUCUACUGUAAUGCAUUUGUGGACAAUGGAUUCUAAUUUUCAACGUCGCUAUGAGCAAUUAGAAAACAGCAUGAAGCAACUAUUUCUCAAGGCACAGAAGAUUGUUCACAAGCUCUUUGGCCUUAGUAAGAGAUGUCAUAAACAGCCACUCAUCCGUAUGCCAAAGCAGAGAUCCUCCAACUAUUGGCUCAACCGCAUCCAAUCCUUUCUCUACUGCAAUGAAAAUGGCCUUCUGGGAAGCUUUUCUGAAGAGACCCACACAUGCACCUGCCCUAAUGACCAGGUUGCCUGCCAUGGGUUCCUUCCCUGCACAGUUGGAGAUGGCUCUGCUUGUCUGAGCUGCGCUCCUGACAAUCGUACCCGCUGUGGAAGCUGUAAUGCUGGAUACAUGCUAAGCCAGGGGAUUUGCAAGCCUGAAGUGGCAGAAUCAACAGAGCACUACAUUGGGUUUGAGACUGACCUUCAGGACCUGGAAAUGAAGUAUUUACUGCAGAAGACAGAUCGGAGAAUUGAGGUGCAUGCAAUUUUCAUCAGCAAUGACAUGCGCCUCAACAACUGGUUUGAUCCUUCUUGGCGCAAGCGAAUGCUCCUUACUCUUAAGAGUAACAAGUACAAGUCUAGCUUGGUCCAUAUGAUACUAGGCCUCUCUCUUCAAAUCUGCCUAACUAAAAACAGCACCUUAGAGCCUGUGCUUGCUGUUUAUGUCAACCCUUUUGGGGGCAGCCACUCUGAGAGCUGGUUUAUGCCUGUGAAUGAAAAUAAUUUCCCAGACUGGGAGCGGACUAAGUUGGACUUACCCCUUCAGUGUUAUAAUUGGACACUGACUCUGGGCAACAAGUGGAAGACAUUUUUUGAAACAGUACACAUCUAUUUGAGGAGUCGAAUAAAGUCAAAUGGUCCAAAUGGCAACGAAAGCAUCUACUAUGAACCCCUGGAAUUUAUUGAUCCCUCAAGAAAUCUGGGCUACAUGAAAAUCAAUAACAUCCAAGUGUUUGGCUACAGCAUGCACUUUGACCCAGAAGCAAUUAGAGACUUGAUUUUGCAGCUGGACUACCCCUAUACUCAGGGAUCACAGGACUCUGCACUUUUGCAGCUGUUAGAGAUACGUGAUCGUGUAAAUAAACUCUCUCCACCUGGUCAACGUCGUCUAGACCUCUUCUCUUGCUUGCUCCGUCAUAGACUCAAACUGUCUACCAGUGAAGUGGUGAGAAUUCAAUCUGCUUUGCAGGCAUUUAAUGCCAAAUUGCCAAACACAGUGGAUUAUGACACAACCAAAUUAUGUAGUUAACCAUAAAUGUGAAGCACAACACAAAACCUUGAAGGAGUUUUUACAGUGCUUUUGUGGAACAGUUUAUGUUUGGAAGAGUAAAUUUAAAUUGUCUUUUCAAUAUCUGUCUUAUAUCAGUCAAUACUGUUGGAUGGCAAUUUACACACAUGAACUUGCUGACAAUGAAUAUAUUAUACCUGCAGUUUUGGUUUAUGAAUGAAAUAAAUACUGACACCAGUCUAGAAGACAUUCUACUUUUUACAAUAAAUUUCAUUUGUAAUUUUAUAUGUUCCGUGGCAAUGCUUUUGUGCAUUACAUCCUCUAGAGGGAACAUAGAAGAAUACCAAUAAAAUUUUGUAGCUGAACAGUUAUUAAAAAGAAAUGCUGUGGGAUUCUUUCUUCUUACACAAAAGCAGUAAUCUUGAUAUACUUUUGUGUGUGUUGAACACACGUUGCAGGUAAAUAAAAUACAGUGACUCAUGGUUUCAACAGAAAACACAGAAAAGUCUAAACUGUGGAAUAUUUUCUUCUUAGGAAUUAUGUCUAAAUGUUUAUUCUGAGCAGAAGUGACAACAGUAGCAAUGCUUCACUUGCUAAACCUCUGAGACUUGAAAAGGCAUGCCCUUUUCAAGCUGCUUAACAUGUCAUACUGACUCCUAGAGUUGCAAUAUUGAGUGUUUUAGGAUGGACAGUGUGAGGUGCACAGUAAUGAAAGGUUGCAUUCUCUCAACAGCAGACAGGUGAAAAGCUAUCUAUGCAACUGAUCUUAUUCACCCUACAAAAGAGAAAACCAUCUUCACAAAAGUUUUCAGAAAUUUCCAUAAUCCUUUACUGUGCCUGAAUAUUUUGUGUAUUUAUAGAAAGAAUAAAUAUUAAAGCACAUGCAUACUAUUGUCCAAGGACACACUCUGAAAUGUUCACCUUGAAAUACCUGUUUUCAACUACUUCCCUAAGCAUCAUUCAUGCUGUCAAGAUUCAAAUUCAAUAUAAAACAUUCACCAAAAAUAAAACAGUUUAAUCUACUAAUCUAUUAAUGAGAUGAAAUAAAUGUGCCUACCUGUUGAUCAGAAUUAGGUUCUUUGAUAGUUUAUACGUUCUGGCAUGAAACUUAUAUCUGGGAUGGCAGAACGUGGCACUUCCAAGAAAGUUCUGCUACAUAAUGCCAGAGGAGAAUAAUGCAAAUGUCUUUGCUGUCUGUAGUCUGUUAGUAAGUAGAGAAUAAAGUGAGGGAAAUUUAUACAAAUUCUUUUGGUGGCACCAUGUUAGUGAAAUCUGAAUUUGUGCCCAUGAUGUAAAGGUCAAUCUGUUUGUUUGUUUUUGUUUUGAUUUUGUUUUCAAUGGGAAAGAAUUUGCAUAUAAAACUAGUACGUUAUGUGCAAGCACAGAAAGAUUAAAAAAAAAAAAAUCACUCAGAACUGAAGUUUUAGAAUUUAAUUUUAGAAUUAAACUUCAUUUAAUUUCAAUUAAAAGAAAUUUGGUAAACAUUGAAUUAGUUCCUUCACAAUUUAAUUCUGAGUCACAGCCCAAUCUGAAAUUAGGCUUUGUUUCUAUGUAGCCCACAGUAGCGCAAGAAAUGCUAAGUUUCAUAAUUAUUAGUGAGCAAAAUGAAACAGAAGCUCAGAAACACUUAGAAAAUUCUAUAGCCAAGAAGGAUCUUCUUUUCUUUAGUGAUUCCUCUCCUGCCUGAUUUCACCAUAUAUUUGUAAGGAUUACUCUUUCACCAAUACACAUUCAGAUAAUUUCUCUUACUGUGCUAGGAAGCUCAGUGGGACUAAAGUUAGCAUAUUUUUCCAUAAAUCAGAUUCUAGAUGAAUUCCUGUUUGGUUUCCAAUCACAACUUUGUUUUACUGAUAAAUAAUGUAUCUCAGACUAGUUGUCGGUGUCAAAAUUCUGGCUUGCUAUUGCAUGGAUAUGAUGAACUAGGCCAAAAAGUGACAUAUGACCUUCUUGGUUAUGAUUUACUUCUGUUCUUAUCAUCAGGUCUCUCCUUUGGUAUAUAAUGAAACAUAGAAAUAGACAAUUGGUUUUACUAAUCGUUACAUCUUGCAGUCUUUAUAAAUGAUAGAAAGAUCAUGGUGUAACAAGUUGAAUAAAAAGCAAGGAGUCCUAUUAUGCUCAUAGAAAGUAAAAGUUAGAAUAUAAAUAUGAGGUAGUGGUAAAUAAAGCACUCAGACAUAUUAUUCCUUCACUAAGAAAAAAUAUUGCUAUGAUGUAUCAAAUCACCUGAAAUAUUUUGCCCCUCUUACUAAUUUCUUUCUAAAAUACUUAAUCAAUGACUAUUUACUCUUUCUGUUUUUAAAUAUCUUUCUUGAGAUGGAAAGUUCUUCUUGAGACCUAAAUAUGUGUACAGAAAGAAGAAUAAGCCAAAGCAGUCUCCAGACAGGCAUCAUUUAAUUAUUGUACAAUACAUCUGGAUUAUAUAUAUAUAUAUGUAUAAUAAUCAUUUAUUACACUAAAAUAUUAUAAAAAAAUAAAAUAAGUAAUAAUCCAGAGGGCAUUUACCUGGAGGGAAAAAAAAAAAAAAAGUACUUAUUGUAUUUUUUUUUGCCAAAUUAAAAGUAUGAAACAAAUUUUUAGCCUACUAGUGAUCAACUAGUUGGAACCAGGGGAGUUGGGGAAUAAUGAAGGCAUUCAGUUUACCAAAACUAACCUCCAUAAACAUUGAAACAAAAACAAAAACAAAACAAAAAACCAAAGCAAAACAAAACAAAGAAAAAAAAAAAAAAGAAAACUGUAAGUGAAUAGUGAAAAGAAAUGCAGGAUUUAUCAGAUUUUCAAGCUACAAGCGGGUGCCAACAGUAUUUCCAUUUUCAUACUUUUCCAAUUGAAGUAUUUCUGUGUUUCUGAAAAUAAUUUAUUUGUGUGUAAAAAAGAACAAAAAAUUCUGGGCGAAACAGUAAAGAACUUAAUCAACAAGAACAAUCUUAUACUAAGGUAUGAAAAUAUUUGUGGAAAAGGAACACAUACAUACAGUCAUUUCCAUCCAGACACUGUGUAUGAUUAUUCCCUGCUUACUAUAUUCUACAGUUCAGAUCCUCACUCUGCUUCUUUGCACUCUGUUUCCCUUUGCAUUCACCACGGCUGUUAUUAUCUACUGUUAUAAACUGAAAUAAAGACAGACAAAUGAUCGAAUAUAUGCAAUGACAUAAUGGCAGCUUGUAAAAGUACUCAGAAAUAUCUUCAGUGGCUAUAGGUAUAAUAACCAGAUACAUAUUGAUAGAGAUUAUUAGCUUAUAUAAAAUAAAAAUAUUAAAAUAUAUGUUUUAUUAGAUUAUAUACAAUACUAAUUCUUAGCUUGCUGAGUUUAUUAUUAUUUAAACUAGAUUUGAUAGGAGAAGGGGAUGUACUGCUGAAUUAUUUCCUUUGCCACAAGACAAUUCUAUCGUUACAAAUAUUUGGAGAAAGAGUCUUUAUUUCUUAAAGUAUUCAUUAAAUGACUGCAUUUAUUGUGAAAUUGCUUACUCAGCAGAUGCUUCAUCUGACAAGAGGCAAAAGCUGCGUUUUUCCCAAGCUGAGUAGGCAGCUUGUGCAGGAGAGAGUACAUAGGUAUGAAGAAGGGUACUCUGAGCAUCAAAAGGUUAUUUCCUUGAAAACUCAGUGCAUAGUUUAAGUACAAAUCAAAAAAACAAUAGAAUACAAAGUAAGAAAAGUGAUAAAUACCUAUCUCAUUAUACUACAGAGUUACAUCUAAACUUUGAGUCCUGCAUCACCAUAGAGAUACGAUAGAAGCAAUUAAUGUGAUAUAAUAAUGGAUCCAUGUUUUACAAUCAACUAGCUAUUGUUUCUUUGAAAGAUAAAUGUCGGAAUCUGAAGAACCGUUUGUUUUGGCACAAUCACCUCUAUGAAUGGGAGAUGCUCUAGAUGGUGCAUCACAGUUAUUUUUUUAUAUUUGAACCUGUAAAGCUAAGAAGUGGAUCAAGCUGCUAAGUGCUUUAAAAUGCUGAGUUGCCAGCACAAAACAAGAAAUGGAUAUUCUUAGUUAAAUGUUUAACAGGACCAGAGAUUAGAGACCUCAAAACUCUAGCCAGUCAGACUGUGCUCAACUCAAUCAGGCUUUAGUUAAAAACUCAAGAAAUUAUGAAGCGUUUAUUUUCAUGUUUAAUUUUUCAGCUUUUACAGUUUAAGAAGUCAAAAUAAACAAAAACUAUUAAAGUAGACUGAAAGCACCACUGCUAUUUUGAAUAAAUCCCUGUGUAAAUGGAAUCUAUCAAUCAAAGAUGUUUUUCCUUCAUCAGAAAAAGGUAACAGAAAUGAAAUGUCAAAUUCUCUGAUUAGCUUGAACUAGAGUGAUUCUAUCACUUCAGUUUCAUCCCAUAUUUAUCUUAAAAUUAUUAUGUGAUUACUUACUAAAAUAGCUGGAUUUUAUACAAUGUACACAUGAGCACACAUAUCCAUUGAACUUGCCUAGUUACUUUUUUCUUCAAGAGGCAAUCUGUAAUCUCUUGGACAAAAUUAGUAAAAGCUAUUACAUGAAGAGCUGAGAUACACUAUUUGGUAAGCUCUCUAUGAGCAAAGGCAUUUGACAUUGAACUGAGAGCAAUU